AUGGAUGAACAAUUCAUUAUUAACUCAAGAUUGAUAGAUGCUGCAAAGCGUGGCGAGGAGGAGAGUUUGGAAGCAUUCAUUCUUGAUCCAGAGAACAAGGUUAAUAUUAAUGCCAAGGAUGCUAUUGGACAGACCGCUUUGAUGUGGGCUGCAAAGAAUGGCUACGACGACAUCAUCAGAAUUCUGAUCAAGUAUCGUGCUGGACUCAAUGUCCAGGAUCCAUUGGGCGAGACUGCCGCGCACAAGGCUGCCUACAAGGACAACGUACCAUGCAUAAAGGCUCUGGUCGACACUGGCAAGAUUGAUCUCACUCUCCAGAACAAGAAUGGUCAGACUCCACUCAACCUCGCCAAGUCUGAGGAGGCUCGUAAGCUCCUUGUGCCAAAGGCUGUCUACACAUCUGAUGACGAAGACGAGAGUGAUCCAGAGGACAGUGACAACGAAUAA